AUGCGUUCUUCCAUUGCCUUGUCGGCCGUUGUGUCCCUUGUGGGCUUUUCCAGUGGUGUUUUGGCCGCUUCCCCAGCUUGUUUGCUCGCCUGUGUGGCCCAGGUCAGUAAGAAGUCGUCUUGCGACGGCCUAAACAGCGUCAGCUGUCUGUGUGAAAAUGACAGCAGCAGCGUCCAGACCUGUCUAAAAUCGGCUUGCCCCGAGGGCGAUGCCGACUCUGCUUACUCGGCCUUUAAGAGCUCUUGUUCGGAACAAAACGCUACCGUCAGUUCUGCUUCUAGCUCCACUGCUUCCAGCUCUGCUUCUAGCUCCACUGCUUCCAGCUCUGCUUCUAGCUCCACUGCUUCUAGCUCUACUGCUUCUAGCUCUGCUGUCUCUAGCUCUGCUUCUAGCUCUGCUUCUAGUUCUGCUGCUUCCAGCUCUGCUGCUCCAUCUUCUUCCAGCUCUUCUGCUCCAUCUACUUCCACUUCUGUCUCCAACUCCGCUGCUAUCUUCUUCCACUUCUUCAAGCUCUGCUGCUCCAUCCUCCACCCUAUCAACUCAAAUCUCUUCUUCCUCCAACUCCUCCUCCUCUUUCUCUAUUCAAACUCAAAGCGCUGGAGCCAACAUCCUAGAAGUUGGAUCCGGUCUAGCUGGUGGUUUGAUGAUUGCCGGUAUGCUAUUGUAAGCAAGCCGAAAAACACGAUUACGAUACCCGAAAACUUUUACUUCAAACAGCUUCGCACACGAUUUAUGGCCUGA